GCUCUCCGGGCGGCAGUGGGGGCUUGACAGCCGGGUCGCCAGCCCCGGGAAGGGAGCGCGGUGGCCACUACCGCCACCGCCCCGGAGUCAGACGCCGUAGCUGCGGGCGGUCGGGCGGGCAGGCGGGAACGGGCGCGAGCCGGGGCUGUUUGGCGCGGCACGGUGCGGUGCGGCGGCGGCGCGGCGGUGCGGGUUUUACCCAGGCGCCCCGGGGUAGGGGGGCACGGAGCGCGACCAGCUCGCGGCGGUGGUGGCGGUGUGCGUGCCAGGGACCGGGGGCUCCGCCGCUUCGCCCGCGGCUUCACCCGGCUCCGCGAUUCCCUCUCUCCAGGGUAGGCGGCUUCGUGGAGCUGCUCGGCUGGGGGCGGAGGCGCCCCCGCCUGCCCACCCGCCAGCCCUCCAGCCAGCGAGUCGCUUCGCUCGCCAGCGCGUCCGCCUGCGGGCCAGCCAGGCCAAGCGUCCGCUUCUCCUUGGGAGACAGCAGCACCUUUUUUCCCCGCGCCCGCGCUUUCUCCAGCUUGGUGGCCACCGACUUUGCUGAUCGCCCACACCGCAUCUGGACCCUCUGGCUCCAGGGCUACACAAAGCUCAGGGCGGCGAGGCCCGGCCGCGCACGGAGCCCCUGACUCGCAGAGAGCGGGACUUGGAGGCACACAGACCUGGCUGCGAACUCCGGCUCCGCCACUUUGUAGCGCUGUGACCAUGGGCAAGUUACCGAACCUCUCCUAGCCUUUCUCGCUCUGCCGGCAGCGGGGUUAUUGCAGUGACCAUGGGCGGCUUGGCUAGGGGGUAGGCUCAGCCUGCGGCCGCGUCGAAUACUCAGCGAGCGCUCAGUAAGUGUUGGUGAGGCGCGGAAGUGGCCGCCGCCGGCGCCCGAGUGCGCCCCCGCGCGCGGAAACACAACAGGGCCCCAAACUCGCCUCUGUGGCCGAGACCCUGAGCCCCAACCCGCCUGUCUGUCGUGUCUCUACGAAAGGUGCCUCGUACAGCAUUUGCGGGAGCGGACGCUUGGGGCCCUGUGGUCGCCUGGGUGCUCGCGCCCACCAUGCAGGGAUGCUCUCGGCCGCCCCAGCUCCGGCGCCUCCACCUGGGCUGCGGCGAGGAGGGCGGCCGAGCUAUCCGCAAACAACGGGCCUUUAGUUUUCAGGUGGCGAAACUGACUGGUCUGGUUAGAGCGCGUCCAAGCCAAGCUGCAGUACUGUUUGGAUUUUUAAAUUUCUCCCUCUGAGUGAGAAAAUAGCAAUCGAGUUGGAACCAUCCGCACAACAGCUCCAGCUGGCAGCAUCACCUCCCACCAAUUUACCCAACUUCUGCCAAGGCUCUGAAAUGCCAACUAUGUCGAGGCCUGCACUUGAUGUCAAGGGUGGCACCUCACCUGUGAAGGAGGAUGCCAGCCAAGAGAUGAGCUCUCUGGCCUACCCUAACCUGGGGAUGAAAGAUCGCAAAGCAGUGGCCAUUCUGCACUACCCUGGGGUAGCCCCAAAUGGAACCAAGGCCAGUGGGGCUCCCACUAGUUCCUCAGACUCUCCGUCUCCAAUAAGCUCUCCCACCCCUCCCACUAAACCCCCUCCCUUCAACCUGCACCCCACCCCUCACCUGCUGGCCAGUAUGCAGCUGCAGAAACUUAAUAGCCAGUAUCAUGGGAUGUCUGCCACCACUCCAGGCCAAACUGGGGAGGCAGGGCCCCUGCAAAACUGGGGCUUUGAGGCACAGGCAGGAGGGGUGGGGCCACUGCCUCCUUCUACCGGUGCCCAGAGCCCUGCUAUCAUUGAUUCGGACCCGGUCGAUGAGGAAGUGCUGAUGUCGCUGGUGGUGGAACUAGGACUGGACCGAGCCAAUGAGCUUCCGGAGCUGUGGCUGGGGCAGAAUGAGUUUGACUUCACUGCGGACUUUCCAUCUAGCUGCUGAUGCCAGCUGUCCCUAAAGAUGGAGGAAUAAAGCCACCAAUUCUGUUGUAAAUAAAAAUAAAGGUUAC